UUAUACGUACACGUCAAAUCGAAAAGUCUCGAGUAACCGUCAGUGUCGCGGCCGACGACGUUGAACGAGCCGAUUCUCCUCGUAGUAUCCUCGUUUCUGUUUUUUGCGUUUUGUCUUCAGUUGUAAUAAUAAUAUGGCGUCUCGCGACAGAAGGUCGAGCUUCGAUCGAAUUCACUCGAAUAGUAGACGCGAGGGAGAUCGCUCCGCCGACGAAGCUCUUUUGAACGACGAUCGGCCUCGGCCGUCGGUUUCGCGGCCGACGGUCACGCUACGACGAGGCUCCAAUCCCCAGAAUCUACUACCGACCGACGGACGAUCCCACCAACCGGGAGAUGAGCCAGAAACACGAGAGGUAGCGACCCAGACGAUUGACCGCCAAUCGAGACAUCCGCAAGUUCGGUUUGACCCCCAGCAGGAUCAAGUAAACAUAACAAUGGACGCACCUGCAUCGCCACAGCCGCCAAGUAGUGAGCGUCCACGAAAAAAGGGGCCGAAAUCGCCGGAGGACGAUACGAAAUUCGGCACUAAGAUUGCUAAUUGCGCGGGCAUCAUUAUCGUUAUUAUUAUUAUAUUCUUAUUCUUUAUUAACGGUCUACGUGAUCUCCCCAAAUAAACUCCCAGGCGACCAUGACUACGACAUUCCACGA